UAUUUACAGAGGGAAUUGUCGAACAAUUCUGACGUCGAAACCGAAAGCUCUACUAUCCUCUAAUUUUAAAACUAAGCCUAACAUAUGGGCAAUCAAAAUAAAAAAUAAAACAUACGGUGAAUCACAGAGUUACAGGGCUUAUUUUUUCUAAGAAGAGUCUUGGAAGAAAGACAAUAUAUUUCUAUAGUCACUGUAAAGAAUCUUCAAGAUUUGGGUUAACCCACUAUCUCUAAGUAACGAAGUUGAUUCGCUAACAUUCGUUCUGUGGGGGUUUCAGAAACUAAAAACAGGUAUCAGUGUUUUUGGUUACUAUCUGACUAACGUUAAUAACCACAACAUGUCUGAUGUCCACAGUUGUCCUACUGAGACACCCUUAGAGGUCAAUGUAAAAAUUCCUGUUUUGUCGUUGAAUAAACAUUCAAAAACAACGAACAGAGAAUUAAGCAGUCGGAAAGAAAAAGAAGACAAAGAUAAAAGCCAUAAGAGCGAAGGAUCACCUAGAAAAGUUUACCGUCAUCUUGAAAGAAGAGAAACUUCCCAUAUGUUCCAGCUGGGUCUGGAUAUCGGUACUUCGUCUCUUUCCACAUCUAAAAAAACGAAUUCCGAAGAUCUCACUCAGACAAAGUCAAAGCUUCCAAAAGCUGGUUGGAAAACUUCUAAAUUUUUUAGUAGAACUCUAACUUCAGGAGAACUUUUAAAAGGCCUUAAGAAGUUCUCCAUCGGAAAUGAAACCGAAAAUAAGUCAACGGAAGCGAAAAUGUUGAAAAGCAAGCGAAGCCUUUUUCAAAAAAGGGCCAGUAGUGAGGAAGGACCAAAUAGUUCAGAAAAGGAAGAAUAUGAAGAACGUCAGCCGCCCACUAGCACAUCAGAAAACUCUUCUCCUUAUAAGAAAUUCGUCGAAAAAGAAGGGAUCGUGUGCAAAAAAGAAGACUUAUUGUCCAUCAUUAAACCCAAAUCUGAUGACGUUUCGGGAAUCGCCUUACAACCUACGUGGUCAGUUGAUUCUUCAAGUGGUGAAAAACCUGCUUUUCUCCAACUCACUCCUACGACUUUCCAGAAACGACGGUUGAAAUCACGAAAGAUGGCGCACAAACGAAGUCCCAGUGACGACACUGCGACAGAGGAAACCGUGGAAAAUGUAAUCUUAGACAAAACCAUUGAAGAAACGAAACACGAACAGUCGUCAGGCAAAGAGGAAGUCGUUAUCCAAAUACACAAAGAACCAGAAGGUAAACCAGAAGAUGAACAUGCCACCGUGCUGUGGGGUGAUGGGAAUGUUCUUAAUGCUAUAUUACUUGGGGAUGCCAUUGAGACGUUUUUAAAGGGCUCGAUGUGUGGCGGGGGUUCCGAAAAACGAGUUUCCUUUAAAAAGUAAUAAAAUUAUUUGUCACUUAUUAUUGGUGUCGAUGCUUCAGAGUUGUUGUUGAUAUCAAUUCUGAGAUUGUUUUUCCGUAUUGUGUAGACAUCUAGUGAUCGUCUAGUAUAACUGUGAUAAGUCAGCAAAUUUUUAAACAUCAAAUAAAUUAAUUUUAAUCAACCGUAAUUAAAUUGUUUGAAAUGUGAAGGUGCUUUUUUUUUGACAAAAUCUUCUGAUUUAGUGAUUUAUUUUUCUGUUUUUAAUUGGUGCAUCUGGUGAUGUGGAAAUCCAUACCAGAGACCAGCGUUUCUACCUACGAUAUGUGACGUUCUAAGGUGUUGAAUUAUCUACUGUGGGUUAAGUGCAGUAUAACAAACGUAAAGGAGCACCAUAGAGAAAUAAUAGCACUGUGUAAUAGGCCAGGCUUCCCUCCCUCAACAUUAAUCACGUGGAGUCGUCACCCCAUCACGGUAGUGUGGGUGCCUUGAAUUCCAUACCGAAACAAACAACUUAAACAAUGUAAUACCAAAAACACCUUAAACAAUGUUUCUUUUCCACGUAUAACUUUCGGACUAAUCACUCUGUUCAUUUUAAGAUUUGUUAAUCUACAUUUUUCUCCAAGGUUUUUUUUCUAGAUAUUUCUUACUUUCGUUACUUAACAACAUAUAAGAUAUUCAACUCAACCUAUGAUAUUAAUGUCAUGACGUCCUUACCAGAUAUUAGAAUAUUCAACUUAUACUGUCUUAUUAAUCAAAGAAUAAAAGAACGUUUUAUGACGAAGAGGAUACAUGAUGUCCUUACCAGAUAUUAGAAUAUUCAACUCAUACUUUCUUAUUCUUUGAUUAAUAA